GGAAGGGCUUGUGAAAUUCUACAAAUUAUAUGAUUAAUGUGCUUCCAUGAUAAUGAGACCCAAGUUUGCCUUAGUGUGGCAAGUCACAAAUCAAAGUGUUUUUAUGUUUUGCAAAGAAUUGAAAGUGAUUUAUUCUUGAGACCUGGACAUAUUUUAACCAAACUAUUAAAAGUUACAUUAUUUGUAGGAACAAUUAGAAGGAUGGUAAAGCGGUGAUGGUGUUGCUUUGUUUGCUGAGGAGCUGCUGCUAUUUUUGCUGCUGCUUUAUCAAGACAAGCAAUAAUGGCUCAAAACUUGGCUUAUACAAAAGUGUCCUAAGUAAUGCACUUCCUUCCCUUCAUCACUCUUCAGUAUGGCUCAUGAUUGCUGUAAUAACAUUAUUGCAGCUUCUGUUACCUGUACAUUCUUCAUACAUCAGAUCCCCUGAAUUUUGUGAUGGCAUUGGUGGCUCGAGAGCACCAAAACAUUUGCUCUACACGGACAAGGGUCACCAGCCUCUCACAAUUGUUGCCUCAGAGUGGCCUAGUCAACAGCUGCUCUCGGAGGUGGUUGCAGUGUUGCUGCGCCAGAUGAUGGGGUACCGAGAUGUUGAGGUCUUCACCUGCAAUGAGACAGACAACUCGAGUCUGUCUGUGCUACUCAACUCGCCCCUACAACGCCAGCCAUGCAUGGAGAAAUACCAGGCCUUGCGCCCCGGCAACUCGCGUGCUCUCAUGAUGGAUCUUCUUGCAUGGAGCAGUCCUGCCCAUGUGGGAAUACUUGACCAAUACAACACCGUCAGGUAUCUAGGGACAGGAGGAAGGUUUGGGUGGUUCCUGCCGGCUGAAAUGAUAGAGAACAAAGAUCCUGCGCUGCUGGAACACUGGCGUGUCUACACCAACAAGAUUAAUCCCGCCCUCAAAACCUUUUACCGUUCCAAAGAAGAACUAGCCAAUAUUUCUGCAUUGUUCUACAACAAUGAAGGCAAGCCGCACUGCAGCGAGUCUUGGUGCGUGGGCAGCAUGUUUACUCCAGCACGCUGCGCUGGCCCUGACGCUGUCUGCGCCACUCUCUUUGCAUCCAAUACUGCUGCCUUUGCCGUGCAGGUUGUGGAGCGCUUGGCGCCUGGGGCGCACGAGUUCUCGUCGCUGCUCGCCGAAUAUUCCCGCCACCUGACGCGCCGGUCCAACUACUCCAGCAUCGCCUGCGAGUGGCUGCAGAAAAAUCUCAAUUAG